GUGACCUCAUUACUCUUAGCAUGGCGGCUUAUGUCGGGGCUAUGCGCCCUUGUGUCUACAUUUUCGCUGCACUGGCGAUUUCUAAUGGCUUUAACUUGGACCCUAGAUUCUCCGUUAUUAAGAGAGGACCUGCCGGGAGUUACUUCGGAUUUUCUGUAGCCGAACAUCAAAUCGUCACCGACAGCUUGGAUGGCAAACCAGAGGAUUUACCCGUUGAGCAGAAUGUAUUGUUGAUAGGAGCACCCAAGGCUGAUUCUGACGUACUGAGUCAAUUGAAGAGAAGUGGCGCCAUCUACAGGUGUCCUGCAGGGAGCACACUGGAGGAUGACUGUGAACAGCUCAAGGACGCACCAUUCGAUUCCAUUCCGGACAAGGAAGAAAACAUGACGGACCAAUGGCUUGGUGUUGUUGUCCAGAGUCAGGGGAAGGGACGCAACGUGUUGACGUGCGCUCACCGCUACAUGCGCAGCAACUACGGGCUGGGGAUGUGCUACACGCUGCUGCAGUCCCUCGACUACCAGGAGAAGUGGCGGCCAUGUUUGGGACGUCCCGUGGAGCAACUACAUCGCCAGUUCGGCGUGUGUCAAGCUGGCGUCAGCGGCAUGUUGUUAAAGGAUGACGGUUUCAUAAUGGGAGCUCCAGGGUCGUUUGACUGGCGUGGCGUGAUGUUCAAGGGGAACAUGAGCGAGGUGCUGGGUGCGGACAAGUCCUUCUACUAUACCCCGGUGCCCACAGAGGGGGAUUCCCCUUCUCCGACAGAACCCAAACCCCCUGUGGACAAGUAUGCAUACCUGGGUUACUCGGUGACCAGCGGGGUGUAUGAUAAGUCGAACCAGAAAUACUACAUAGCAGGUGCCCCUCGCUCCGGACAGACAGGAGAGAUUGUCAUCUUCUCACAGAUCCCCGGCCGAAAUCUCCUGUACGCUGAAAACCAGAUCCUAAAGGGCCAGAGAGACUUCUCAUCAUUCGGGCAUGACCUACUUACGAUCAAUCUGAAUAAUGACAAAUAUGAUGAUCUUAUAGUCGGAGCUCCCUUCUACCAUGAUACCAAUGUAGGCGGCGCCAUCUAUAUCUAUCUUGGUGGAGGAACUGCACUGAACAAGUACACGGAUCCCAUCGUGAUCCUUAGCCGGCAGAUGAACGACCACGAGUGCCGAGAGCUGCAGUGUGAACACGCCAGGUUCGGCUUCAGUCUCAGCAAGGUCGGAGAUCUCAAUGGAGAUGGCUACCAAGACUUCGCUGUGGGUGCCCCGUACGAGGGGAAGGGCACUGUCUACAUCUUCCAUGGCUCCAAGAAAGGAGUCGUGGAGAAGUACGCUCAGAGAAUCCCAGCGGAAGACCUUCCCAGUCCCAACCUGUCAUCAUUCGGCCACUCUCUGUCGGGGGGGAUGGACCUGGAUGCCAACGGCUACCCGGACCUGCUGGUGGGGUCGUACGAGUCCAAUGAGGUGGCACUGAUCAGGGCGCGACCAAUCAUACAUCUGAUUUCUAACGUGACCCUGAAACCCGAGAUGAUCGACCUGUCGGAGCCCCCUUCCUGCCCGUUCGAGCCCGACGUUAAGAAACACUGUAUUCAGAUUAGCAUUUGCCUUAGUUUCAAGGCAGAGCCCCAGGAAAGUUUUACGAACCGACCAAGAAUUGUCUACAAGAUAGAAACUGAGAAAUCGCGAAGUAUCUCUCGUAUUUUACUGAAAAAUCCAUCCGAAGCUAAUGGCCGUAUAAAGGAAGCCACUCUCACCCUUCGCCAACAAACAAACCCAAAGCCAAAAUGCACCAAGGAGAUAGCUUUUCUGGAGGACUCAUUCCAGGACAAACUGAACCCACUGAUCUUCGACAUCUCGUACAAGUUGGAGGAACUGUCGUACACACGCCCGAGGCCAGGUGAACCCAUGCCCGACGUCAACGACUACCCCAUCCUCGCUACCGCAGGGGCCGAGAUGGAGACAACCAAGACAGCGCUCACUGCCAUGGUGGAGUUUGUCAAGGACUGCGAGGGAGAGUGUAACAGCAAUCUCCAGUUCGAAGCCACCCUUGACCUGCCAAAGGAUACUGCAGGGCGGUACGUGCUGAGCCAGGGCGAUCAGCCUGUUAUCACCAUGACGAUGACGAUCCGCAAUGUUGGUGAGGCUGCCUACCUGACAAGGGUGUACGUGAAGAAGCCAGAGACGCUCCACUACCAGGGCCGCGACACGCUGGACGCAACCAGCAAGGACACGGAAGUGAAGUGUGACACGGUGGAGGGCAAUGCGUCACUGAUCAAGUGUGGAGACAUCGGCAACCCGCUACCCAAGGACAACUUUGUCCGUUUCAUAGUGAAGCUGGACCCUUCCAAGCUGGAGCCGUCGCAGGAGGACCACCAGAUCAUCGUCUGGGCCAACACGUCCAGCUCCGAAAUAACUCCAGAAAAUGACUUGCAUCAGAUGAGUUUCCGUGUCAUCAUUAUUGCUGAGAUGACCGUCAAUGGUGUAUCGAGUCCUGAUGACCCCAUCAUCUUUAGUGGCAGUGUGCGUGGAGAGAGCGCCAUUAAGAUUGAAGAUGAGAUUGGACCACCUAUCAACCAUACAUUUGUGGUGACUAAUUUUGGACCAGGCACUGUGUCUCGAUCUGAGCUAACCAUCUACUGGCCUUACCAGACAGAGAAUGGGGAGCCCCAGGGCAAGCACCUGCUGUAUCUGAUGCAGGCACCACAGGUGAUGAACGGCCCUGCAGAAUGCAUCAUCACACCGGAGAUCAUCAACCCACUGGAGAUUAAGGUUAACCCAGAUUUUAACAUCCGCCAACCGGCACGGAAUUCCCGGACAGCGGCCAUCCCGGCCCCCGCUCUCAGCCCUGAUGCUGCCCCCAGUCGGAGACGUCGGGCGUCAACAGGGGAGUCGCGGACAAAGAGGAAUGACAAUCGACGAGAUGUCGUCUUGGACUGUCGGCGUAAAACUGCGAAAUGCCACAAGAUCAAGUGCAACAUCGGGGAGAUGGGGAGGAACAUGUACGUGCAGAUCAAGAUCCGGGCCCGGCUAUGGGAGAGCACUCUACUCCAGGACUAUAUGAACGUUGGGGAGGUGAAGAUCCGGUCCAAGGCAGAGCUGUACAUAGAUCCGGCACUCAACAUCGAGUCCAAGGAAACCACCAAUGAGAACUAUGCUACCACCAUAGCUAUCCCAGAUGUGAAGGAGCAGAAGACGGUUGGCCUGGAGUGGUGGAUCAUCGUGGUGGCUGUGUUAGCAGGAAUCAUCCUGUUAGCGGGACUCAUUCUGCUGCUGUGGAAGCUGGGGUUCUUCAAGAGGAAGAAGCCGGAGGACAUGGUGACCUACCAGGGAGAGGUGAAGAAACAGAAGGACAUGGACGAGGAAGAACAGUGAUUGACACAACGCCUGGACCAGGAAGACGAGCCGUGAUGAAGGAACAGACUAGGGAUGUAACGAUUCACUGAACAUUUCGUGUAUGGCGAUACUCGGUGGAAUGCUGUGAAUAUUGUAUCAGUUGAUCACCUAUUGCUACAAAACAACACAAGUCCAUAAGGGGGACAUGUUAGAUGGUAUGAAUAUCCAUCGUAAAAUAUCAGUUUCUGUUAACAUGAACAAGAGGUCUCAAGCAAGUCUUUAAUGAAUUGACUCAGAUCUACUGAAUGUAAAAUUAUUUGGGCUUCUAUUAGUUACCUUUAAUGAUGAAAAUGUUUCCUUAAACAGGUAAAUGUGGAGUUUUCUUGUAUGAACUCUCUCCAUCGAAGUGUUAGGGUGUGAAUGGUAUGGCUACAGAGUGUAUCGUUACAGUUCUAGUAAGUGUGUUACAGUAUUACCAGAACCACCAGCCCUCGUCACGGUGGAGUACAUACAGCUUCAGCUGUACUUGGCACUUGUUAUGAAACCUGGGUGCUCACCAACAAUUUCAUCGCAGUUGUUGGGAUUCCUUGAGUAUGGAUUUUUCCUUGGUCAUGAAUUUGGGCUUGGGGUUUCAAGGGGCUCAGUUUCCUUGGGCACAGAUGUGAGUUUAGGGUUUCAAGGGGCUCAGUUUCCUUGAGCACAGAUGUGCGUUUAGGGUUUCAAGGGGCUCAAUUUCCUUGGGCACAGAUGUGGAUCUAGGGUUUCAAGGGGCUCAGUUUCCUUGGGCACAGAUGUGGGUCUAGGGUUUCAAGGGGCUCAGUUUGCUUGGGCACAGAUGUGGGUCUAGGGUUUCAAGGGGCUCAGUUUCCUUGGGCACAGAUGUGAGUUUAGGGUUUCAAGGGGCUCAGUUUCCUUGGGCACAGAUGUGAGUUUAGGGUUUCAAGGGGCUCAGUUUCCUUGGGCACAGAUGUGGGUCUAGGGUUUCAAGGGGCUCAGUUUCCUUGGGCACGGAUGUGAGUCUAGGGUUUCAAGGGGCUCAGUUUCCUUGGGCACGGAUGUGAGUCUAGGGUUUCAAGGGGCUCAAUUUCCUUGGGCACGGAUGUGGGUCUAGGGUUUCAAGGGGCCAGUCAGUGACCCCAUGUAGUGCUUGACAUUGAGAUCUAUUGACGAGUAAUGUGUAUGGAUUCUGUGUGGGAUAUGAAAGUGCUUGAAAUGUCUUUUGGAAUGUGGACUUAUUUACUUGUUUAGUUUACCGGAGUAGCCUUGAUUCCUGAGCUGCAAGGCUUGGGUCAGCCAUGUUGGAAUGGAUCAGCCUCUCUUUGAAUGGAACAGCCUCUCUUUGAUAUCAACUGUACAUGGACCAUUAUUGUUUGUUGACAAUAAAAUUAGAAGAUGCAUUUUGAUAUAGUGAUAAGGCAUUUUUACACAUCUGAUGUGGGGGGUUUUACCCUACUUUUUGCAGCAAGAUUUGACCCCAGUACAAAAGAAGAAGUUACUUACAUCAAGUCAGAAAAAUAAUUUUUUAAGAACACCAAAACAUCCCCAAGCAAUUUAAAUGUUCCACCGAGAGACAAUAUUUGUGAUUAAUGAAGUUUUGAAUCAGAUCAGUUGGAUCAAAUUGGUUUCCUAGAGAAACUACAUUCUUGAAUACUAACUAUGUACAUGCAAUUUGUUCACUCUUCAUGACUGUGCCUUUGUGUAGUCUUUCAAUAUCUGUAUGGUUCCUGUAGGUUAACCAGUAGAGCAGUAUUUAUGCAUUUAACUGUGUAAGAAUUAGCACACAUUGCUCUGAAGAAUGCAAAGAUCAGUUCCUAGUAAAUGAUUCUAUGUAUAUUCUGCUUAAAAGCAUUUGUGCUGCUUGAAUGCAUAUUUUUUGUAAGUGAUUAUAAAUAUGCCAUAUUUGACAUAUUAAGCUACAAGCUAUGUAAAAUGUUGCCAAGGCUUCUUAAGAAAUGAGACAGUAUUGGUUUAAUGGUAGCUCUCUUGGUUGUCCAAUGGCGCCAUUCAUAAUGAGGGUCUGUGACUAAGAGACUCCGGGGGGAGGGGGUACAGUGUGUAUCUGAAAUCUGUUCUUUGGUCAAAGGAGUUCCAUGCCAAACUUGUCCAAAGUAGGGCAGUAAUAAAGUAAUUAAUUUUGUUUUAAAAAACGUUGGAGCCUUUUAUUUUAUCAGGGCACUUAAUGUAUUCAAUAGAGUGCUGUCAUCUUCAGCGUUAGCUUAUAGCUCAAGCAGGGUACUAGGGAUUUGGAAAACCUUUAUGCUGUGUCAUGUAAUGAGGAAUAUCAAUGUUGGUGAUUAAGGGAACAAGAAUAAUCAAAUAUAUGCUCAGCAACUUUAUAAAAAUGUUUAAUAACUAUGUUUUAACGACUUUGGAUUUUGUGGGGAUAUUUUACGUCUUGUUGAUUUUUUGCCGAAACAGUUCAGAGAAUUGUAUGGGUUGAUGGAUAAUGAUAAUGUAUUGAUCUGUGAAGUUGAACAGGAGGAAGGGACUGACCACCUCAUCCCAUGUUGAGGGUUAGUUUAUAGAACUAGGGGCUUGGUACAGCAGUUUGUACUAUGAUAUUAUUUUGAAUGAUGCAUAUAUGCUUAUGGUGUGCAUUGAAGUGUUUUAUAAUACCGGAUGUAGAUAUUUGUUACUUUUUAUAUUUAUGAGCGUACUUGUAUUACAUGGUGAUGUUAGUGUGGAAUGAUGCGUGAACAUGUCAGCCAGUGUGUCACACUUCAGUUGAAAACUUUAGAAUAUAUUUCAAUUUGUAAAUACUGUUUUCGUUUAAUGUUUAUGUAUUAAUCAUUUGGAGUUCAAAAGUUCAAAGUUCAAAAAAAGAUUCAAGGAAAUGAUUUAGUGGAAUUUAGUAUGUUUAGAUGUUAAAUGAUACAUGGUGAUAAGAAUGUAAGAUGAGAAUGUGAAAUGUGGCAAAAUGUGGCAAAAUGUAUCCUGCUUACAAUGGGUAAUCUGGUUGGAAGUCUGACAGGUUGACAUGCAGUGUGGCUUGGACGCAGCAGUUCAAGCAGAACCUGUUGCUGUGGCCAAAAUUACAUAUUGAGAUGAUUUGCAAUAAUCAGUGAUGUACCGUAAAUGUGGGCUGAAGUUAGCAAUAUGGCAUCUUUCACCCUGGGCAUUAUUUCUGUUGCUGUCUUGCUGUACAUAGCCUUGCAAUCUUGCUUGUUCAUUUAAAGGAGGACUUGUCGUGGCAGCUACCAUGGGGUGUCUGUCUACUGGAACAUUAUGAGGGUGGUCUGGUGGUUAAAACGAGUCUUGGCUUUCCCCCUAUGAUGUAAGUGGCACAAACUCCUAGGGGCACGGGUGGCCAAGUUGUCUAAGGCGCCACGAUUCGCUGUGCAGAGUUGCGUCCCUUGGGCACGCCAGAAACCUAUGAUUGUGGGUUUCAAUUCCGGUUUGCCACGAUUAUGUUUCUAGGUUUGUCAGCACCAUACCCGUGCUCGUGGGUUUCACCGAAGUGGUAAACAUCUGAGACCUGCAUCACUUCGGGUUUUCCUUCCACAUUAAGCUGACAUGCCGUGAUAAAACUGCAAACUGUUAAAAGGGGCGUUAAACCCGUCACUCACUCACUCAAUCAUAAACACCCUACUCUCCCACUCAGGGAAACAAGAAAGCAGUCUGCAGGUUGUGUUUAUACCACAGUUGAAUUCAACAUUGUCUUGUUAACGAACACCUUACCUCUGAUUCAUAUCAUAUUCAUUAAUAAGUUGAAUUUUCUAAUGCUGACUGCACUAGCUAUCACAGGUCCUCCUUUAAAUGUAUUUUAAAGCCUGUAUGUUGAUGUAAGUUAAUGGUGACUGACCCUACCAUGCACUGAACAAGUCCUUCUUUCAAUCUCUGCCAUCUUAUCUGAGUGUUUAGCUGACAGAACAAAUGUAUAUAAGACUUCAUGGUGUCCUCCCAUCAUUCCUUUGUAACCAUGGUAACCAGACAUAGAUGUGUUGGCGUUGUAGUUGGAAAUCUUUCACAUCAUUGCUCAUAGAUGCAUUGCAGGACUCGGUACCAGAUUAACCCAGGCCUCGAGCAUUCAUAAAACUUAAUUAUCUUUUCAAUUUUUCUUUAUUUGAUCAUCCAAACCAUGAACAACUCCCAGGUCAGGCAAUGCACUUGUUCACCCUGUUUGACGUAUUUAGCACCAUGAUGAGCAAAUACCCAUAGAGUAUUCUCCCUUCUCACAAGAACUUAUCCCCUCCAAGUGACAAAAACAGUCUUUCUGACAUUACUUAAAGGAUUCGGUGGAAGAUUAUGAUUAUUUUACCAAAUUCUGGAGUGGAAUUUCAAAAAUGACACAUUUUUCUUUAUGUUGAUAUUUCCUACUUGAAACUGAUGUUAUUUCUGUUGCUUUUGCAUUGUGGCUCUUUAGCAGUAGCCCAGGUGCUAAAUACGACAACUACAGUAAUUGUGUCUGAGCCUGACUGUCAGAAGACUAUUCCAGAAAGGCUGACGUCAUCCCUUAAGAUUCUACGAACUAGAUCACAGGUUGAAUUUCUUGGAUGUAUCAUGUACUGUUAUGUCACCAAAUGUUCCCAGCCACUGCAAGUUCAGAUUGACAUGGAAAGGAGUGAUGAAUUUAUGUGAAAGUGAAUGGAUUGAAAAUAAUGAUUUAUUAUGAAGCAAUACAUCAGCCAUGACCAUCCAUGGAUUUCUUUUGGGGUGGUUGAGAGUAGGUACCACAGAAGUGUACCGUGGUACAUCCCACAGAAGUGUACCGUGGCACUUCCCACAUCUUGUACCUUUGAGGUUAUUGAAAGCUGUACUUGCAGCAACCUGUGAACCUGGGUAGGACUCCAUGUUUUAACGGGUCUGAACUCGGCAGAAUCAAUGGUUGGCAGUGAGGUAGCCUAAUGGGUAUGGUCUUGGCUCGUCACACUCUAGACCUGGUUCCAUUCCCCCACAUGGGUGCUGUUUGUGAUGCCCAGGUUUGGUGUCAUUGCUGUGGUAGUACUGGAAGAUUGUUAAUAUUUGGGUAAAAUCUCACUCACUUGCCCAUUGGUGUGAAGGUUUGCCAUGUUGAUUGUCUUGGUUUGAAUCCCAACAUGGUGUAAAUAUUAGCUAAAAACAGUUCCCCCACCUGUCACAGGAUAUAUCAAGGUACAUGAUGGUAUCGUGCCACACCUCGAGUACUAUGCCAUACCUUGGGUACCUAAUGGUACAUGACAGUAUCGUGCCACACCUGGGUACUGUGCCACACCUCGAGUACUAUGCCAUAUCUUGGGUACUUGGUGGUACAUGACAGUAUCGUGCCACACCUGGGUACUGUGCCACACCUCGAGUACUAUGCCAUACCUCGGGUACUUGACGGUACAUGACAGUAUCGUCCCACACCUGGGUACUUGACGGUACAUGACAGUGGUACCUGCAUCAACAGUUACAUCUCAGAAGUGACAGCAUCAUCAGGUAUACAUGUCACUACCUCCACAACAUCAUUUGUAGGAUUUGGACAUAGAGAUGUUUUUACCAUGUAGCACCUGUUGUGAUGUAGACAUCUUGUGCUCUUUGCAUGCUCAUGUUAACAUGAUAUACCUGUAAUUGUCAUAUACUUACCUGUCGCCUCUAUCUAAAUCUAUAUAUACCUAUUACAUGUACCAGUGUUUAGGCUGGACAUUGCAUGUGUUUUUCAUAGUCUUUUCAGUGUCAUCAAAAUCAGUAAAAAUUCAUUCUUAAUGAAAAUAAUAAUUGCAUGCUUUUUUUGAUAAGUGUGAUAUUAUAAAUGAUUUUACACCAACAGAACAUUAUAAUGAGCCAUAAAAACAUCACUGCAGCUAUAAUUAGUAGCAAGACAAGUAGUAUGUAGUAGCGUGUGUGUAUGAGACAUAUUCCAUGAUUCUGUGUUAUACCGCACCUGCACUGUAAAUAUCUCCCACUGUGUGUAGAUCUGAGUGUCCCAUCCAUUCCUCAACGUGCUAGACGGAGGUGCUAGACGUAGGUGCGCGUGGCGUCCAUGGAGCUGAUUCCUUGCAUUCCUGUUGUUUAUUUAUUAUGAGUUUCCCAAUGUAGAGGACCCCUUGUAACAUGUGGGCAGAGCAGGAUGAGGGAGCCAGAAUUGUCCAUUUUGUUGAAUUUUAAGAUAAAAAUUUGCCUUCCUGUUGAUAUGAUACCAGAAAGCAAUGUUUCUUCAUGAACUUGUAUCUUUUCUAGGAGAUCCUACAGUUACAAUAUUUAUUGUGAUAGCCCUAUAGUUCAUGUGUUUGAUCACAACAAGGGUCUGGUUUUAUUUCCAAUGAAAAACUUAACUUAACUCAUUGAUUCGUGUGAAGCAGUGAAAGUCAUCUCCCCAUCCUGAUGCCCAUUUGUGCAGGGUCACCUCAUUAUAGUGCGGGUGUUUGGGGUGCUGUAUAUAGAGGAUUCAGACAGAGGCGGGAGAGGUAGGGAGCAGCUGUGGCCUCUGUUCCCUGGCUUUAAUACACUGCAGGAGCAGUAGCAGUCUUGUAGACACGAUGUCCUCGUGUAAUACUUACAGCGGCCCUAUUGAAUGGAGCAGUAGCAGUCUUGUAGACACGAUGUCCUCGUGUAAUACUUACAGCAGCCCUAUUGAAGGGGAGCAGUAGCAGUCUUGUAGACACGAUGUCCUCAUGUAAUACUUACAGCAGCCCUAUUGAAGGGGAGCAGUAGCAGUCUUGUAGACACGAUGUCCUUGUGUAAUACUUACAGCAGCCCUAUUGAAGGGGAGCAGUAACAGUCUUGUAGACACGAUGUCCUCAUGUAAUACUUACAGCAGCCCUAUAGAAGGGAGCUGUGGCAUUGGAUUUAGCUCUUCUGGUGGAUGCGAUGUCCUCUUGUAAUACUUACUUCAGCUCUGUAGGAAGGGAGCUUUGGCAUUGGAUUUAGCUCUUCUGGUGGAUGCGAUGUCCUCUUGUAAAACUUACUUCAGCUCUGUAGGAAGGGAGCUUUGGCAUUGGAUUUAGCUCUUCUGGUGGACACGAUGUCCUCUUGUAAUACUCCUUCAGCUCUGUAGGAAGGGAGCUUUGGCAUUGGAUUUAGCUCUUCUGGUGGACGCGAUGUCCUCUUGUAAUACCAACAGCAGCCCUAAGAAGAGGAUCAGUAGUAUUAAAUGUAGCCCUUCUGGUCAAGGUGGACAUGAUGUCCUGUUGUCAAUCUUCCGUGCAUUUUCUACAGUGCAUCAAGUCUGGCCAUGUUACUGAACCGCAGAAUGUAGUCCUUCCACAGUUACAGAAGGAUUUGACCUGUGAUGUUGACAUUCUCCUGUUAGUCAGGUUUGGCUUGUUCGGACUUGAUUGUUUACAGACGCCAUGAUGUAGCUGGAGUAUUGCUGACUCAGCGCAACACAUUCAUUCAUUUAUUCUGGCAUAUUUGAAACAAUUCAUUUACUAUUGUGAUCUCACUCAAUGACAUACAGUUCAACCCUGCUCAAGAUGCUGUUGUGGCGUUUUCAUCCCGUGGGUUGCAGAUCACGGAGUUCUUGUGGGCUGUGUAGGAGCUCCUUUGGUUUAGGAGUCUUGGUGCUUGUGUGCUGCAGUAACCAUGACAAGCCCAAAAGUGCAGGUCUCGGUCCAACUAUAGUCUGCAGAUCUGAAUUUUGGGGCCUUUUCAUGAGCACAACGACGACGAUGGUGCUUCCAGAGGCCUCAGCUGCAUCUCUCCUGCCAAUGUCUUGACCUUGACCUUGACCUUAUUUGUAUUUUGUAUUCUUGUGCUGCCUUUCACGAGUGGCUCGCUUGAGAUAUGCUCUCCACAUGUACAGCUUAGCAUAGUAUCCGUGUCUAGUUAGCUUGUAGUGACCUUGACCUCAGACUGCUCAGUUCAACAGUUUCAGAAAUUCUCGCACCAAAAUGUACCAAGGCAUUUACCAACUUACUGCAUUGCCAGUGAUAGGGGCCUUUCUUUUAGCCUUACCAGCCCUUAAUGAGCAUACAGAAAUCCUGUCAUGGGCAGUUUGAGGUCAAGGUUUUAGUUCAGUGUGUUUCUGAGCCCGGCUGAUAGUUUUGCAAACUUUGCACAUCAUUCUUAAUCGUGGUAUGAAACCUGUACAUAUGUAUCCUUUGUAGACAUCAUCUAUUUGUGAAUUUCAGAAGUGAGAAUGAUGGGAACAUGAAACGACUAAGGAUCCAACCAUUUUAUAUUUAGGGGGGUGGUGGGUGUGUGGACAUUUUGAUUACGAGACAGAAAGAAGAGCCAAAACAUUUUUACACCUUUUUUUUCAGAAAUGAAGUAUGUUCAGAAAACUUCUUUUUUUUUAAACUUAGCCAAAUUAUUUUUUGCCAGUAUUCCUUGUGACUAAUCAUUUUUUUAGAAACUACACCGCCCCCCCUCCAGAGUAUACAGUAGUUGGUUCCAGAGUGGAGAACAGAGUUACAGUUGGAGUUACUCCAUUAACUGGUCCUCAUGUCAGAUAAUCAAAAUAAUUACUUUUGUCAUUUUACUGAUUAUGUAUUCGUAUUAAUUCGUAGUGUCAUGUGUAAUCUAGAGCCUUGUAACGUUUGAAGAUGUCGAAUCAAGAAGGAGAAUGUGGACCUGUGACUGAUCUCCUCUGUAUCAGACUGAGUCAGUAUAACCCCAGCACACCUGGGGGAUCUCCCAGCCACACUUAGCACUGACUCAGCAGUUAACUGUUAACUUGGUGAUUGUGCUUGUGGAAUGUUCAAAUCUUGUCCUUAUCGAAUAUCGUUCUAAGCCUUUUGCAAAACAUCCUUUAUAGAUACUCUUUCGAAAUAUAACUUGUAUAUUUUGUUUUUAACAAUUCUCUAAAUUAACUUCUCAAAUUUUAUCUCAUCUCUAUAUGGUCUUUAUGAUGUUAAAUUUUUACUCUCCCCCUAAAACCCUGAAUUUUAUUAUUGAAAAAGAAGUAUGUGUUUUGGUUUUAGAAUGGUCACAGCUUGUCCUUGAGCUCAUUCACGAACCCGUCAGUUUGUGUACAUGGUUGUGAGAUGUAUUUUGUUUUACUUAGAGUUGUGUCCCUUUGCUAGUGUGUACAUUUUUUUCUGGCCGUGCGGCCGCUUGCCUCGUCUGUAUAGCUCUACAACUAACUGUGUGACACAAACAAAUUAUCGACCAAGUCUUUGACAGGUGACAUCUGCUCCACUGAUGUUGUCCACACUGUUACAAACUGGGGGUCUGUUGAAAUCGCAGCUUCCUUUAUUUCAGCCAGACCAAUUUUGGGUGAAAUCGAUCAAUAUGUUAGCGUUGUCAGGAUAUUUUUUUUUUUAAACUCAUCAUGUUUCAUUAUUUAUUUAUUUCAAAAUCAGGGAAAAAUCAGUUUAGGGGAGCUGGGCACCGUUCCACAAAGUGAUCUUAGCGCUAUGACUAUCGUAAGUCAGUGUUAAAGUAUUGGAGUUCGAUCACCUUAUGGCGAUGAUGGCUUUGUGGAACGGGGCCCUGGUCUAUUAAUGAACUGAUCUGAUCUUGUUAAUAUAAAAACAGCAAGUCCUGACAGUGGAGACUUUAUUGGUAGUAGUGUACAAACUGACCCUACAAAUGAUGGAGUUUUCUUCAAGUAACAUAUCUGGGCCAGUCACAAAAAGAACAAAAUCAGUUCAUGGCAGUUAGUGACUAGAAUUAGGAAGUCAUCUAUUUGAAUUGUUUUUAGAUUAUCCGUUUCACAUAUUGUACUUUAUCCACCAGUGGAAGUGUAUACUAUAGUUGAGAGUUACAGUAUUUCAUUCUGGUGUCAGCUGUGUUGUAGACCACUCCCAUAUCUCUACUAACAAGUGUGUAGAAUGCGUUACGCUGAGGAUGUUAAUCAACAUAUUCCUCUUCCAGAAAUGUUUUUUCAUAGUUACUAUUUAUAGAUCUGUGGAUAUCCGUCGAUUGUCAGAAGCAUUCCAUCAACAUAACACGAGAUAACUAAUGUAUCAUCCUCAUUAAUCAAGACUAUUUAUCUCGAGGCCAAACCAAAAUACUGUACACAGACCAAUCAAAUUGAAAGGUGACCAACCGGUCAAGUUCUCGGCUAUUGAUUGGCUGCUUAGUUUGGAGAUGAAUGUUUUUUUAUUAUAUGAGGAUGUUGGUAUUUUAUCAUGUGUAAUAUUUGUAUGAAUAUACUUAUAGGUUUUUAGUUUCUUGCGUUGACUGUUUCAUGUGUUUCUUCAAGUCCGAGGUUUGCUGGCGUGAACAUUUCCUUGAUGUAAGUUGUCUGUAGGAGGACCCUAUGAGUACACCACUGUAGCAAUACAACGUCAAUUUGAAUAUCUUAUUAUUUCUUGCAAGUAUAUGUAUCAUAGAAAGCUCUCAUACAUGUUUAUGAACUUAAUUCUAUCUUUUAAAAUUAGAUUGAUGACGAUCCUGACAGGGCGUCCUUGUUUCUGUAUGCUUACGUACUUGCUGGCAUUUAUGAACCAUGUAUGCAUUUGUCAAUAAAUCUUAUUUUUAUACAAACUUGGUUCUGUGUUGAAUCUUUUCUACCUGUGCUAGAGCUGUGAGAUGUCCUGGGUUGAAUCUGUUCUACCUGCCAGGGCUGUGAGAUGUCCUGGGUUGAAUCUGUUCUACCUAUGCUAGGGCUGAGAUGUCCUGGGUUGAAUCUGUUCUACCUGCGCUAGGGCUGUGAGAUGUCCUGUGUUGAAUCUGUUCUACCUGUGCUAGGGCUGUGAGAUGUCCUGGGUUGAAUCUGUUCUACCUGUGCUAGGGCUGUGAGAUGUCCUGGGUUGAAUCUGUUCUACCUGUGCUAGGGCUGUGAGAUGUCCUGGGUUGAAUCUGUUCUACCUGCCAGGGCUGUGAGAUGUCCUGGGUUGAAUCUGUUCUACCUGUGCUAGGGCUGUAUAUAAACAUGGGAGUAUAUCUGUGGAGCCUAUAUUUGGAGCUGUGGCUCAUGGACUAUUUUGGGAGUAUAUCUGUGGAGCCUAUAUUUGGAGCUAUGGCUAAUGGAUUAUUUUUGGAGUAUAUCUGUGGAGCCUAUAUUUGGAACUGUGGCUAAUGGAUUAUUUUUGGAGUAUAUCUGUGGAGCCUAUAUGUGGAGCUGUGGCAGAGGCAGUGAAUGCCCGGUCCGGAGCGACUCCUGGCACAGCUCCACUAUCUGGCAGAUGGUGAUGACACUCUCGGCUGUCAUGUCACACUCGCUCUCACCUGCAACACACAGACUUGGGUCAGACAAAAAUAGUUUCUGUCGGGACAAAAGAUGAGAAUACACAAAGUGACUUUGAAUGCAGGUACUUUGUUUCUUACAGGGGAAAAAAGUAACUGCGCUGCAUAAAAAGUUGAGUAAAGUUGCAGCAGGAUAACGCUUCUCACACGUUGUACAUGUAACAGACUUUCUAAGGCAGCAUACCAUUGCUGUACUCCCUUGAAGUAUCUUGGAUGAGGCAGAACGAUGACCAGAACCAGCCGUUCAUGCUUGCUGAGUUGGGCUAAUCUAUGGUUGACAUUUGGAACAACAUCUCCCAGGUUGUUUCCAAUCAUCAGUGUCUUCAAUGCGCCGCCGCUGCCUGGCUUGUAUCAGCGCAAAUGGUGGUCACACCAGACACUGAUAUUGUUAAUUGAGUUGUUACACAUCCCUCCUUUGGAGCGUGUCGCUCUAUCUCCUGUUACCAGGUAUGAGUUUGUGAAAAUGAAUUUAUGCUGGAAGGCUAGACGAAACCGACAGCUUUACAGUGGAAACCGUUCCAUAGCUAAAUUAGUCAAACCAACAUCACGAUAGGUUGAAAUUGUAUAUAUUAGAUCUGUGUCAUUGCAUUGAUAAUAAAUUAUAUGUAUAUAAGUUAUGAAAGAGGCACUUGAGUUUAUUCUUUUAUUCACACAUGAACAUUCAACAAUAGAUAUGAGGUGGGCGUGGCCAAAUGCAAAUGUCCACUUGGCAAAAAAUAUUUCCGGAUCCCUAGACAGAUGAAUGACCAAAUAUAAUGUUGUUAGUUUCAAUAGCAUAACAUUUACACCACUUUAUAUGAAUUAUAUGUAUAUAAAUUAUAUGUAUAUAUGUUAUGAAAGAGGCACUUGAGUUUAUUCUUUUAUUCACACAUGAACAUUCAACAAUAGAUAUGAGGUGGGCGUGGCCAAAUGCAAAUGUCCACUUGGCAAAAAAAUAUUUCCGGAUCCCUAGACAGAUGAAUGACCAAAUAUAAUGUUGUUAGUUUCAAUAGCAUAACAUUUACACCACUUUAUAUGAAGCACAGUUACUUUUUCCAUGGGUAUAUUAUGAUCUGAGCUGCUGUAUGUAGUGAGGUGGGAUGUGUUGGGCAACGAUGAAAUACUAGUAAUAAAAGUAUAUAAGGAAUUAUAUUUACACAACCCCUCUCCGACCCCUCUCCAGAGUAUACAGUAGUUGGUUCCAGAGUGGAGAACAGAGUUACAGUUGGAGUUACUCCAUUAACUGGUCCUCAUGUCAGAUAAUCAAAAUAAUUACUUUUGUCAUUUUACUGAUUAUGUAUUCGUAUUAAUUCGUAGUGUCAUGUGUAAUCUAGAGCCUUGUAACGUUUGAAGAUGUCAAAUCAAGAAGGAGAAUGUGGACCUGUGACUGAUCUCCUCUGUAUCAGACUGAGUCAGUAUAACCCCAGCACACCCGGGGGAUCUCCCAGCCACACUGAGCACUGACUCAGCAGUUAACUGUUAACUUGGUGAUUGUGCUUGUGGAAUGUUCCGUUUCAAAUCCUGUCCAUAUCGAAUAUCGUUCUAAACCUUUUGCAAAACAUCCUUUAUAGAUACUCUUUCAAAAUAUAACUUGUAUAUUUUGUUUUUAACAAUUCUCUAAAUUAACUUCUCAAAUUUUAUCCCAUCUCUAUAUGGUCUUUAUGAUGUUAAAUUUUUACUCUCCCCCUAAAACCCUGAAUUUUAUUGUUGAAAAAGAAGUAUGUGUUUUGGUUUUAGAAUGGUCACAGCUUGUCCUUGAGCUCAUUCACGAACCCGUCAGUUUGUGUACAUGGUUGUGAGAUGUAUUUUGUUUUACUUAGAGUUGUGUCCCUUUGCUAGUGUGUACAUUUUUUUCUGGCCGUGCGGCCGCUUGCCUCGUCUGUAUAGCUCUACAACUAACUGUGUGACACAAACAAAUUAUCGACCAAGUCUUUGACAGGUGACAUCUGCUCCACUGAUGUUGUCCUCACUGUUACAAACUGGGGGUCUGUUGAAAUCGCAGCUUCCUUUAUUUCAGCCAGACCAAUUUUGGGUGAAAUCGAUCAAUAUGUUAGCGUUGUCAGGAUAUUUUUUUUUUUAAACUCAUCAUGUUUCAUUAUUUAUUUAUUUAUUUCAAAAUCAGGGAAAAAUCAGUUUAGGGGAGCUGGGCACCGUUCCACAAAGUGAUCUUAGCGCUAUGACUAUCGUAAGUCAGUGUUAAAGUAUUGGAGUUCGAUCACCUUAUGGCGAUGAUGGCUUUGUGGAACGGGGCCCUGGUCUAUUAAUGAACUGAUCUGAUCUUGUUAAUAUAAAAACAGCAAGUCCUGACAGUGGAGACUUUAUUGGUAGUAUUGUACAAACUGACCCUACAAAUGAUGGAGUUUUCUUCAAGUAACAUAUCUGGGCCAGUCACAAAAAGAACAAAAUCAGUUCAUGGCAGUUAGUGACUAGAAUUAGGAAGUCAUCUAUUUGAAUUGUUUUUAGAUUAUCCGUUUCACAUAUUGUACUUUAUCCACCAGUGGAAGUGUAUACUAUAGUUGAGACUUACAGUAUUUCAUUCUGGUGUCAGCUGUGUUGUAGACCACUCCCAUAUCUCUACUAACAAGUGUGUAGAAUGCGUUACGCUGAGGAUGUUAAUCAACAUAUUCCUCUUCCAGAAAUGUUUUUUCAUAGUUACUAUUUAUAGAUCUGUGGAUAUCCGUCGAUUGUCAGAAGCAUUCCAUCAACAUAACACGAGAUAACUAAUGUAUCAUCCUCGUUAAUCAAGACUAUUUAUCUCGAGGCCAAACCAAAAUACUGUACACAGACCAAUCAAAUUGAAAGGUGACCAACCGGUCAAGUUCUCGGCUAUUGAUUGGCUGCUUAGUUUGGAGAUGAAUGUUUUUUUAUUAUAUGAGGAUGUUGGUAUUUUAUCAUGUGUAAUAUUUGUAUGAAUAUACUUAUAGGUUUUUAGUUUCUUGCGUUGACUGUUUCAUGUGUUUCUUCAAGUCCGAGGUUUGCUGGCGUGAACAUUUCCUUGAUGUAAGUUGUCUGUAGGAGGACCCUAUGAGUACACCACUGUAGCAAUACAACGUCAAUUUGAAUAUCUUAUUAUUUCUUGCAAGUAUAUGUAUCAUAGAAAGCUCUCAUACAUGUUUAUGAACUUAAUUCUAUCUUUUAAAAUUAGAUUGAUGACGAUCCUGACAGGGCGUCCUUGUUUCUGUAUGCUUACGUACUUGCUGGCAUUUAUGAACCAUGUAUGCAUUUGUCAAUAAAUCUUAUUUUUAUACAAA